AUGAUUGGUGAUAUUUCAUUCAAUAGUCUAACUGUACUUGGUCAUAAUAAUGAUGACAACAUCCAGGGAGAGGCAUCAAAGUUAACCUUUAGAAUGGAGAAUGGCAAAUUCAAAGUCAAAGAGGCACGCUUCACCAAUACAUACCUCUCAUUAUCUGGUGUCAAUGUUACCGGUGACAUUAAGAUGGGCAACAACUCACUUUGUUACCUCUAUCUAUCAAUCAUUGAAGACUCAAUCUCGAUAUCUGGCAACAACAAUCUCAAUCUCUGGAAAUCAUACGUGGCCAACUUGAAGUCAGAGGGUACCUCAGCAUCUUCGAUGAUUCCUUCAUCUCCAUUUGACAAAGUUGGGAAACUUUUCGAUGAUGUCGAUAUUGGUAGUGCUCAAGUCUCACUGCCCGCCUCAGUCUUUGACAUGCGCUUUGCAUCGUGGACCGUAACAUCGUUCUACAAUUUAACUUCGAUAAAAGGUUACCAAUGUCGUCUAGUCGUCUCGGGUACUGUUCAUGUCCUUGGUAGCAUUGACCUUGGUGUCAAUGGAAUAUGGACAUUCGAGAAGUUCCUCAGCACAGGAGGUCGCCUUGUACCCUUUCGCGACGAUCACAUCUGGUCCACCAUUCCAACUUGGCAAUGGACUCCUCGAGUCUGGAAACAUCAUGAUCAACAGUGA